AUAGAUUCUCAAACUUGUCUCUCAUUCACCAUUCUUCAACUCAAUUCAAAUCAAGGGGGGAGAGAGAGAAAGGAUGGAAUAUCAGAAACAAGAAAGUGGGGUGAAGAAGAUGAAAAGAGUCACUAAGAUCAUAGCAUUGGCAUCCAUUUUCUCUCUCGUUCUGUCUUACUCGUCUUUAGUCUCCUCCCUACAACAAAGACUCCGUUUACUUUCCAUGUAUAUCAGCCUUGUGGACAAGAAAUACAUGUUCUUGUUAUGCAAUGGUAUUGUAGGUUUUAUCAUGGGGAAUUUCAAAACCCUUCUGCGUGGUCAUGCCAUUAACAUCGUUGAAGAAACGGAAGAACUAAGGAUCAACCAUAUUCGAAAAUCAGAAAUGAAGAAUGUAGUGGUGCUACUUAUUUGAAUAAGUAAAUAAGUAACCAGUGGCUUCUUUAUUUACUUAUUCAAAUAAGAGACCUACUUCUUGCUAUUUACUUAUUCAAAUAAGAGACCUAGUAUUUUAACCA